AUGGAAGGCACCUUCAGCUGGUGCUUCGAGGCCGAAUGCUACCUCAUGGUAUACCUCGCGACGCAUGACGCGCAAGGCACGGAGACUCUGCGCACCGAGAUCGCUGAGCAUCUCGAGAAGGCACAGACCACGAGUACGGCCUCGCUGAAGAGUAUCGAAAACAGCCUGCGAGCCAUCAUGGACGCAAUCGGGCGCCUCGACGCGUUUCGCGCCGCCAUCGACAAGAACUUUGUCGUCCGGUCGCAGGACUCGCGCGCGCAGCGCAACAAGGUGAUCCGCAAGCUCGACGCUGCCGAGAGUUGCUUCGAAGCGACCAAGGAGGCACUCGAGCGCGCUCGGGAUGUCCUGAAGUGCGACGCACGACAAGUCGAUGCCAUUCAAGUCGGCGCCCCCGUUGUGCACACAUUUAUCCGGCUCAACAACCGCGACAAACCGCAACUCAAGGAACAAAUCGAUAAGCUCGCCAAGGGCACAAUCCACCAGCCGUCGGCCGAGGUGUUCGAGAUGUUUGACCCCUUGCUUCUCCUCAAGAGCGGCCGUGAGACCGUCUUUUUCAGCGACCUCGGCGCCAAGGCCAGCCAUUUGAUCGACGAUUUCCAGGCGUUUUUGGCAGGAUUUGAGUGA